UGCGCGGCCGCAGUGACACCGAGCAUCUUAAGCCGGGUUUAUCUGGCCAGUUGUGCUGAUUCCCGAGCAGCCGUACGUCACCGUGAGGCAGUGAGAGCACCUGGCACGAAUCUUUAACUAAACUUCACGUGUAGUUUGAAUAUGGGCGCUGAGCAGCACGCUGUGACCACAGCAGAGAUCCCUGACCACGCUCUUUACACGGUUGGAACGUGCGUCCUCGUAAUUGGCACUGUUGGCAUCAUAGGAAACCUCCUAGUUCUCUACGCCUUUUACAGCAACAAGAAGCUGAGGACACCACAAAACUACUUUAUUAUGAAUUUGGCUGUGAGUGACUUCCUGAUGUCUGCUUCGCAGGCUCCCAUCUGCUUUGUCAACAGUUUGCACAAAAAGUGGAUUCUUGGAGACAUAGGUUGCGACUUGUACGCUUUCUGUGGGGCGCUCUUCGGGAUAACCUCAAUGAUGACGUUAUUAGCUAUCUCCGUCGAUCGCUACCUGGUGAUCACUAAGCCCCUGCGGUCCAUGCAGUGGACCUCGAAGAGACGCGCCGCGCAGGUCAUCGCCCUCGUCUGGCUUUACUCGCUGGGGUGGAGCGUGGCCCCGCUGCUGGGGUGGAGUUCCUAUGUGCCUGAGGGCUUGAUGAUAUCGUGUACGUGGGACUAUGUAACCUACUCCCCUGCAAACAGAAGUUACACCAUGAUUUUAUGUUGCUGUGUGUUUUUCAUUCCCCUGGUAAUAAUAUUCCAUUGCUAUUUAUUUAUGUUCCUGGCCAUAAGAAGUACUGGCAGAGAUGUUCAAAAGCUAGGGUCCUGCAGUCGGAAAUCCUACCUCUCUCAGUCCAUGAAGAAUGAAUGGAAACUGGCAAAAAUUGCUUUUGUGGUCAUCGUUGUAUACGUCUUAUCCUGGUCUCCAUAUGCUUGCGUCACUUUGAUUGCCUGGGCAGGCCGCAGCAACAUCUUGACACCUUAUUCCAAAUCUGUGCCAGCUGUUAUUGCCAAAGCUUCUGCAAUCUACAACCCCAUCAUAUACGCAAUAAUUCACCCAAGAUACAGAAAAACCAUCCACAAUGCUGUUCCCUGCCUGCGCUUCCUCAUACGGUUGUCAAAGAACGAUCUCCUGAGAGGCUCCAUAAACGAAUCGUCGUUCAGGGCCUCUCUCUCCAGUCAUCAGUCUUUUGCUUUCAGGACCAAAAGCACUUGCGUUUCAUCGGUUUCCACUGGAGAAGCUACCUGGAGUGAUGUAGAGCUUGACCCUGUAGAGCCAGCUAAUAAGAAACUACAGCCUCACCGAAGUCACUCUUUUUCGACAAGUCUGAGACAGGAGAAGAGGGAUCUGCUCCCAGAGACCCGCAGCUGCGAUGCAGUAACUGCAGAAAAGGUUUCGCUCUCCUCCAGCUGUUUGGAGAAGGCGCUCGGGCGAUCAGUCCUACACAGCCCCCCUGAAACGCUUGUGGCCAGCUCCCUAAAAGCAGCUUCUCUGCCUGUUGGUUUGAACAGCAGCAGUAUCAACAAAGGAGGAGACACGGGUACUUCACACACGGAAACUCAAAUUAAUGGAGGCCUGGACUCUAUCAUUAGCAAUACGGUCCCUCGCAUCAUUAUCAUUCCUACUUCAGAGACUAACCUGUUCCAAGAGGAACUUGAAAAUGAAGAGGAAGAGACUGAAUUAUUCCCCUUCAAUGACAAAAAGAGCAAUCUGCUGGACUUAGAAGGGCUGAGCUCCUCCACAGAGUUCCUCGAAGCUAUUGAGAAAUUUCUAUCGUAAUAUAUUGAAAGAAAACUUUCCAGUAAUUAUUUUCUUGGCGUCUUCUCCACUUAAUUAUACCAAAAAACUGCAGCCUUGUAGGUUAGAUCAUCGGACUUGUUGUAUGUUUAUAUGGCAGUCACUAGGCAGCCUUCAGAUUUAUCUUAGUCCAGAUGGGUCCAGGCACGGAAGGAGGCUUCCUGCUUGCACUGCAGGAAACGAGCAGUGGGAGAUGGGGCAGCACCCUGGCGUCUGUAGCCGCGCAUGUCGAUGCCAGCAGAAGGAAAAAUACGUGAAAGAGAACGCGAGCAGCUGCCGAAUGUUUCUGCUCUCUGUAAGAAAGGGCAUGCCUGUUUUGGCAGCUUUCUUCUGGACAGUGAUCGGAAGCACCGGGAAUAGGCAGGACCACAGCUUCUGCCAGCCUCAACAGUAAUGCAGAUGGCAAGAAAAUCAGAACUACCUUUUGAUCACAUUCUUUUCAGAUUUUUUUUUUAAAUAAGUAGCUUGCUAAACUGAAAUAGACGGCUGAUCGUGCAACUGCUUACUUAUACAGUUUAGUGAUAGAAGUUUGGAUUUUACCUCAGCGUUAGUACAGUCACCUGAAUGUCAAAAUGCAAGGUGCUAUCUGACGGAACAUAUAAUAUUAGCUGUGGAAGCACUUAGAGCACCUUCAGAUUUACGGAGCUGGUUGAACAUGUAUGGGUCCUAACGAAUCUCUGACUAAAAGGGUGAACCCUUUCACAGCUGGCUUGACAAUUUAUUGGUAAAAGUCAAGCCUUGCCUGCUGUAUAUCACUUGCUUCUUCAAAGGAGAUUCUUCUCCUCUCCUCUUCUGAAGUACCCCCAGGUGGAUGUCUUCUCCUACAGGCCACUGUAAAACACCUUUUUGGAGAGAAAGCUCCAUGGUACUGUGGUGUUAGCGACCGGAUUAUUGUUUGUGGUUGGCGAUUGUGCUUGUUUGUUUGUGCUUUGCUUCACUUAUGCCUCAGGUUCACAAGACCCUCCGAGCAUUUUAUUCCUGACUGUAUUCUUUCUUUCUUUCCUCAUUUUCUCUUGUUAAAGCAUAUCUUCCACACCCUCCCUCUCAAACUCUGACCUUCAAAUGUAGACAGCAAAUUGAGCUAUAUUCUUCUCCGAGUAAUAUCAAUAUAUCUUAGUAGAAACCAGAAGUUUCUCUGGAUGUAAUAGUGCAAAUAUUUGGUCCAGUGAGUCAAGUAGCAUUCACACAUCAAGCACCUGGACUUGUGAGUUUAUGUUCAUAUUUUCAUUUGAUUCCUGUUACUGUAUCGUAGAUUGCAUUGCACAGAGAGCACCGAGAGCACUUCAAAGUUUUGUGUACACAUUGGCUCGUCUGGAGAAGUAAUUUCAGUUUCUGUUCUCCUGAUGGAAACCAUAGAAGCUUUUUUUUUUUAAAUAACAAAAAAGAUAAUAUAAACAAUGUUUGCAACUGUAUAGACAAGAGAUGGGGUUAAAACAUGACCAAAGGACAAACUAAAACCAAAGCAAAGCAGGAGGGGCUGGAAGGCGCCCAAACUCUCCAACCCUGCUGCUCUACGUGAUCUCAGUAGGACUAAUCUCCGCAAGGUGAGAUACUUGCUUCUGGUGUAGGUGGUGCUGUGCUUGGGCAAACGAAGCUCUGGGGAGUUACAGCGGUGACUGCCGGAAAAGGUUGUCAAGCCGUAUUCUUAAGCAUCAGGCUGCCUAUUGCAAUACUAACUCUACCUGGGCGUUGCCUGGGACUCCAACGUGCCAGGCUUUCCUCCACUGCAUGGUUGUGGCCAUAAAUGGGUUAUCAAAUGCUAAUUAAAUACAGAAUUCACUGAAAAAAGAGGAAGAUUAAUCCUGGGCUAAAUCUGCUGUUCUGCCCAAUCUGAUUUCUGCUGAAUCUGCCCACUCUGGUUUUGGGGUUUUUCUACAUCAGCUGUGCAGUCAGUGAGCUUGCUUCUGCUUGUAUUUAAUACCCCGAGGUACUGGACCUCCUUUCUUCCCUAGCCAAAUGUUGGGAAGCAAGCGUUCUUAUAAGCCUUCCAAUCCCUGUACCCGACUUUUGCUGUUGUAAUUCCUCUGAAUAACAAUAACAACUGUGUUCAGCGUUCCAAGAUAUAAAAACGUACCCUGGAGCCGACUUUGCACCGAGUCGUCCACAGACUUGUACCGCUAUGACUGUAGGCAGGAUAUUGUUGUAGUUUCCAUCAGGAUGAAGAGGCGAGACCUAAAGAAACAGUGAAGAAAUUCCUCUGUAUCCAGACAGAGUUUUCCCUUCUGCUUUUUAGCCUACAAGGUGGCUUCACAGUCAUCUCCUGCACACAUGCUGGUGCUAUCAAUGUGUCUCAGAAAACUAGUGGGCUUGAGAUAUGUGCAAAGAACUGCUUAAAAUUUUUAUACUGCUAGUGUCAUUUACUAUUAGUACUAUUUUUUCUAAAGCCAGCAUGAAACUGUUUACUGUUUGCUUCAAAAGAUGUAGGCUAGAAUGCCAAAUGAGAGCCAAAACAAAAAAAAAAGUGUUAUGAAAUACCAGAUUUAUUACCAUCACUGUGUAAUUUUGCAGAAAUAUUGAUCACAGGUAACUGUCUUAAACAACCUACUACAAUACGGAAGAAUUUUGUGCACUUCUCCGUUGCCACGUUAGACUAGAUGCCACAUAAAAAUGUACAACAUUAACUGCUGCCUCCCGUUUCACAAAGACAUGUAUUGAUUCACUCAA